AUGCAAGCAGGAUACGCAACGGGACUACUAUUCCUAUGUCCGUUGGGGGACUUGCUUCCAAGAAGACCUUUUGUAUGCGGUUUAGUAGCAUUCACAGCAGCAUUGUGGUUGAUACUCUGCUUAACAAACGACCUGGGAACCUUCACCGCAAUAUCCUUCAUCGUAGCCAUCACAACCGUAACCCCUCAACUCAUGCUCCCUCUAGUCGGCGACCUCGCGCCGCCCUCCCGCCGCGCUGCUGCCCUCUCAAUCGUCGUAUCUGGCCUGAUGCUCGGCGUGCUCGUCGCCCGUGUACUCUCCGGUACCAUAUCUAAUUACACGACCUGGCGCGCAGUCUACUGGAUGGCACUUGCCCUGCAAUACACGAUCUUCGUCUUGCUCUGGCUCUUCAUGCCAGAUUAUCCUGCUACAAAUCGCGGCAUGAACUACUUUCGCAUCCUAUUCGACAUUGUAAAGAUGCCACGCAAGCACCCAGUCCUCGUGCAAGCUUGUCUCACAGGCCUCUUUACCAGCGCACCCUUUACAUCCUUCUGGACAACGCUAACAUUCCUACUCGCCGGCAAACCAUUCCACUACUCCUCCCUUACAAUUGGUCUCUUCGGCCUCAUCGGUAUAGCCGGCAUGCUCAUCUCCCCCAUCUACGCCCGCACAGUCACCGAUCGCUUCGUCCCGCACUUUUCCGUCUUCUUCGGUCUCUCGUGCUCGCUCGUCGGCGUGUGCCUCGGCACAUAUAUCGGCACAUUUACCGUUGCCGGCCCCGUGCUGCAAGCUCUCCUCAUGGAUUUCGGGAAUCAGACCGCGCAGAUUGCGAAUCGCUCCGCGAUCUACAGCGUUGAGCCGAAGCGCCGGAAUGGCGUUAAUACGGCGUUCAUGGUUGCCACGUUUUGUGGGCAGCUAAUCGGGACUGCCGCGGGGAACCACGUCUAUGCGGCUACGGGAUGGAUCGGGAGCGGGAGUUUGAGCGUUGGGUUUGUGUGCCUUGCUCUAUGCGUUAUGUUGGCUAAGGGGCCGUACGAAGACGGGUGGGUGGGGUGGAGUGGCGGGUGGAGUAUGAGGAAGAAGGAUAGGGAUAGUGCGGAUGGGAAGACGAAGGAUAAGGCGUUGCAUGGGCCUGUGGAAGCAGUGGACGACAAAACAGGCGCAAAUGAAAAGGUAAUGGAUGAGCUUACUGCUGAGGAAGGGAGGGGGGGAAAUACUACAUCAGAAGCGGGUGUGAGUACAGAGGACGAGGAGAUACAUUCGGCGAGAAAGGAAGAAGUGUAG